CUUCUUUUUUUCUCUCCACUACAACACUCAAUAAACGGUAUGCCCAAGGAAGUGAUCCGCCCCUCCGAGAUCAAGAAUAAAGAUCGCCGAUCUGAGCUUCAUCGCAAGCUCAAGCACGAAAAAGCAAAAGCAAAAUCCGAAAGACGUAAAAAACUUGCCAAGGAAGAAGAAAAGAACCCGGAACUGAAAGAAGUAAGGAAGCCAGGAUACAACAAUAACGAAGAAAAAAGUUUUGCUGCUGAUCACACCGGCUCCUCCUGUGUACGAUCUUGUCAAUCGUAUACUAAUCGGGUUUAAUGCACUGCUGUAGAAACGUUUAAGAGAAAAUGUGCCCAAAACUUUGGAAAAUACGCGAGAAAAGGAUGAGACUAUGGUUGACGGGGACGACGACGGUGAAGUUGCUCAGGAUGAAGCCGACGACGAACUUGCCAGCUAUUUCAGUGGAAGAACCCCUAAAAUUGUAGUAACUACGAGCAAGAAAGCCUCUCAGAUCGCCUACGACUUUUGUGAUGAUUUAGUUUCGAUAUUCCCCAAUGCCCAGUUCGCCAAACGUGGACCCAAGCACGAAAUGAAACAGAUUAUUAAGCAGGCGAUAAAGCACGAGUUUACGGAUUUAAUGAUUGUCAACGAAGACCGAAAGAGUUUGAAUGCCAUCACUUUAAUACAUCUUCCAAACGGCCCCUCAGCCUACUUUAAACUUUCGAAUUAUAUUCCCGGCAAGCAAAUUCCUGGUCACGGUCGGACAACAGCUCACAACCCAGAACUCAUUUUGAACAACUUCAGCACUCGACUGGGUCACACGGUUGGACGUAUGUUCCAGUCAUUAAUGCCACAAGUACCCGAGUUUGAAGGUCGACAAGUAGUAACUUUCCACAACCAGCGUGAUUUCAUCUUUGUACGGCGGCAUCGUUAUGUCUUCAAGGAUACCGAAAAAGUGGGUUUGCAGGAACUUGGCCCAAAAUUCACAUUGAAACUUCGAUGGCUACAAAAGGGCACAUACUCUCGUGAUGGAGAAUAUGAAUGGAUCUUUAAGCCCGAUAUGGAGACCAGCCGAAAGCGGUUCUUCUUGUAAAUCGUUUGUUUCCCCUCGCUUCCAUUUCUCCUAUAGUUGUACCUUUGCAUCUUUUGUAUUAUCCAUUUCACACUUAACUCAUCAUUAAAAAAGGCAAAAGAAGAGUCUAUUCAUAAUUGGUAUACAUCUUUUAUUGUUACAAUCCUAGCCGAGCAAUAACAUGUGCUGGCAUACAGUACACAGGGUUAACCUUUUUCAAACCCGGGUAAUCAAGCAGUGACAACCCAGCAACACCAAAACAGGUAUG